GUUUAACUAUGACCAGUAUUGACAAUUAUUUUGGAGAGCUUUUGGACAAUGAUGAUUAUGAACAAGAGCAGGAUAGUAAAUCUCUACAAGAUAUGCGUUCUGGUGUAAUAUUUUUAAUUGAUUGUACACCGACAAUGUUUGGACUCAGUGGUUCAUUUGAAUUCAAAAGUAAUAAUUCAAUGGAUUUAUCAUCAAUAAAAAGUGGAUUUGAUUUAAGUUUGUUAUGCUGUCAAACAUUUCAACAAAAUAAAGCACUUCAUAGUCCUUUUGAUAUGAUUGGACUUAUUUUAAUGCGUACAAACGAAUCAUCUACUGACAUGAAGAAUAUCAUAGUUUUACAGCCUUUAGGUUUAGCUAAUGCUACACGUAUAAUAGAAAUUGAAAAGUUAAGACAAUUAAAACCAAAUGAAUUGGCAACACAAUAUGGUACUAUUGUCAAUCAAUCGAAUAUUAAUUUCCCUUUACAUGAAGCAUUAUGGGCAUGUCAAAAUCAAUUUAUCACUUGUUCAAAGACAUUCGGUAUUAAACAUAUAUUUUUGUUAACUGAUGAUCCUGAUCCAGUAAAUAAAAAUGUUAAUUUAAAACGUAGAGCAAUUGCUAAAAUGGCUGAUCUGAAACAAUAUGGCAUAAAAUUGGAAGUGAUUCCAAUUAAACAACAAAAUGAAAAAUUUAAUUAUACAUUAUUUUAUGACGAGUUAUUAGAGGACGAAUUAACCUAUCCUGAUGUAGACAGAUCUUCUCGUCAUCCUGAUCCAACUGAACGUCUUAAUGAACUCCUAAGCCGUAUUAGCUCACAUGAAUUACAUCGAUCACGUUUAGCUCGUUUACCUUUUCAUCUUGGAUCAUCAGAUAAGCUUACUUUAAGUGUCUCUGUGUAUUGUUUAAUUCGUCCAACACGUUUGCCUUCUCCAAUAUGGCUAUCAUCAUCUGAUAAUAAAAUUGUACGUGUACAAAGAGAUUAUUAUAAAAUUCUUGAUCCUUAUGGAUCAUUUGAUCCAAUGGAAGAUUUAUUAUCAUCGCAUGAUUUAGUACGUGGUAUAAAAUUGGAUAAUCGUUAUGUAUGCUUUGAUAAAGAUGAAUUAAUGGAAGCUGUAUGUAAUAUUGCACCUGUUGGUUUACACUUAUUAGGUUUUAUAUCACAGAAAUUUUUAAAACGUUAUUAUUACAUACGUCCAGCACAUUUUAUUUAUCCUGAUGAAAAAUCAAUUCAUGGAAGUCGUUUAUGGUUUACUGCUUUGUUGAAUCGUUGUUUACAUCGAAAAUUAUUAGCUAUAGCUAUAUAUGUUCAACGUAAAGGUCAAUUUCCUCGUUUAGUUGCACUAUUACCUCAGGCAGAACAGAAAAAUGAGGAUGAUGAUGAUGACGAUGACAAUCAUAAUGAUGGCAAUAGAAUUCAAACAAUGCCACCAGGAUUUCAUGUUAUAUUUUUACCUUAUGCUGAUGAUUUUCGUGAUAUUGAAAUUCCAACAAAUGAAAUAGCCAAUGAAUCGCAAGUGGAUAUUGCUAAAGCUAUGAUACGUAAACUUAUGGUACCAUUUACACCUGGACAAAUUGAAAAUCCAACAUUACAACGAUUUUAUGCACUUCUUGAAGCAUUAGCUCUUAAUCGUGAAACUCAAUCGGAAGUUAUUGAUCAUACAUUACCUAAAUUUGCAGCUAUCAAACGAAGAGCCAGUGAUGAAAUUACAGCUUUUAAAGAACAUUUUAAAUUAGAUAGCUUGAAUAUAUCAAAAAAACCUCGUCUUCCCCAAUCCACAUGUAGUCAAGAUGUAAAAUGUUGUCUCUCUGAGAUAGAAUGUAAAGAAGCUGUUCAAUUAGGCAAUCUGCAUAAAUACACUGUACCUGUAUUACGUGAAACAAUCAAAUCACUUGGUCUUAAAAUUUCAGCCAAUAAAAAAUCAGAUAUUAUACAAAUCAUCAUGAAUCAUUUUGCUAAAGAAUAAUCAUUUGCUUUUUUCAUCAGUUUGCCAGGGUUUUUUUUUAAUUUUUUUAUCCUAUUUUACCCCCCCCCACUCCGAAUCUUUUUCACGUUUUCUUUCAAAUAAAUGGUAUAUCAGUUAUCCAAUUGUGUAUAAAUAACAAACAACAUUGCAAGUGUUUCGCGGGAAUUUUUUUUUUAAAAAAUAUUUUUAAAUAUUUUGAUUAAUGUUCAAUGAGAAAAAAAAACAAAUUGUCAUAUAUUUUAAUAUCGUUUUAAGAAAACUUUGUCCUUUGAAUAUAA